CAUGAGUGGUCAGCUGCAAGCAUCCUGUAACGGACAUUGACGCGCCUCCUCAUCCUUCCUUCUGCGUGCGUGAGGCCCUCAUGGCUGUAAUGGGGCAAUAUGAAACGCCAAGAACUGGCUCAAUCAAGAAGAGCAGUCAAAUCUCGAGCGGGGUGCGCACGGUGUAAGCAGCGUGUAAGCUAGUCGGCGAUUCUCAGGUCAACGUCAGAACACAAAUUAUCACAGCGAAUCAAAUGUGACGAAACUAGGCCUUUUUGCGUGGCUUGUUCUCGGAGAGGAUAUGACUGCCCGGGGUAUCACAAGGAUGUCAAAUGGUCGGUUAAGCAUGAAGCGAAAGGUCUGGCUUCACAAAAAUUGGAACAAUCAGUGUCCUCAUCACAAAAUGGACCUCUUAUGAGUUGGUUCACUGAACCGGCAGAGAAGCUACGUCUUGCUUUACUGAGCGAUCUGCAACCUUCGCUUGAGCGUAGCCAGUCCUCUACUAAGACCAUUAAGCAAUGCAAGACAUCAGACCCAUAUGGUGAAAGUACGGAAGCGCCAAAUCCUUCGACCACAGGCAGCGGUCCAGCAUCCGACGCCGAAAGCACCCCGGGGAAACAACAUGACGCUAGGAUAGUAUCACGACUAACUGAUCUGUCUGCGAAGUUGCGAGCAUAUUAUUUUUCUGACACAUGCCGUAUCCUUUCCGCUUAUGAUUCCCCAACGAAUCCGCUGCGAGAAUGGGUCGCAAGGCUCUCAACUGAGCACCCCUUGAUCGAUGCCUGCGUUCUAUCCAUAUCGGCUGCCCAUCUCUCGCAGCAACAGCGUGAGAUGAGUAAACUGGCUGCAAGCCACUACACAGCAGCGCUUUCAAAACUUGCUGCUGAAUUCUACGCUCUGGACAAACAGUCACCGUCAGACUCACACGAUAAGGCUUUACUCUCCCGAAAGAACACCAGAUCUACGACCGUCUUACUUUUUGGGAUUACUAUGAUUGGAAAAACUUCAUCAUGCAAUGAUCCAUCCUCGCUUGAAACCCAGGACCUCGAAGCGGCAAGGACUAUUUUCAAGUCGUUAUACUGCGAAAGCCACUCCGAGCCUUCCCCAGACCCCUGUUUGCUGGGACCAGAUAACCCGCGUCCUCGACAAUUCUUCGUCGGGGCUUUAGCUUACUGGGAAGCCUUGACAUCUUUUGUUGUAGACAACAGCACAGACACGACAGACUACCUCCUACCCUUCUGCGACGACGAAAGCAACAUGUCAAUUAUCCAUCCCUGGAGCGGUAUGUCUCCCAAACUCUUCAUCUAUCUGUCAAGGAUCGGCUCUCUCGCCCGACAGGCGCACCAUCUACGGCGGGCAUCAAAUUCUCCGCAACGGACACAAAAAGACCGACACGAACUUCUAUCGCAAGGCAAGCAUCUAGAAGAGUUAAUAUGCCAAUACAGAUUUCCCCGUCAGGAUCAGUUCCAAAGCACAGGUGAUUCAUCUACUCCAAUCCUCCAUUUCCGGUUCCUAGCAAGAGCCUAUGAACUAUCAAUUAUGCUCGAGCUGUGUCGAACGUUUCCCGAGUUGCUGCGCCGGGACCAAUGGGAGUUGAAUCGCGAUACUCAACGACAACAUCUGAAUACUCUGGCCAUCACGAUCCUCACGCUGAUUGCCAAGCUGCCUGAAACAUCUGGAACGAGGGCAAUUCAAAUGCCGAUACUUGUGAUAGCGGGGAGUACGCUUCAGUUUCAGCGACUUGAGGACAUGGAUGUUGACAUGGACGUAUCCACUGAAGGUGCGCCGGUGUCUACUCAGACACGUGGACAAUUUGAUAUACAGUUUUGGCGAUUAUUUGUCGAUUCUAGACUUGACAAGCUGGUGUCUUAUAUGGGCUUGGAUACAGUGCGGCGGGCGUGUAGGAUUGUGAGAGAAACUUGGGCUCGGGCGGACCGGUUCUUAUUGAGUGGCUCAUGGCAAGGUCAAGUUCCAGUUGUGCAUUGGCUUGACGUGAUGAUCGAUAAUGGAUUGGAGACUCUUAUAGGAUAGAUUGUCGACAGAUGUGGUACCUAAUUUGACAUCGGGGUAUAUGCCACUGGCUCAGGGAGAGACUUCCAUCAAGCCCAUGUCACUAUUUCCAUGAGGACAUUGAAGAUUCUCGGCUCCUCCUCUCAUAUCCGCCAGACUGUCAAUUCCCC